AUGUUAAUGUCUUAUAACAAACAACGCACGAAAAGGGUUAACACUUCUGUGUGUAUACUACAAAAUACUAACUGCUUAAUAACUAAACUAAAAACUGCGCGCGCAACAACAUGGCGCGAAAGCGUUCGUAAAAUCAACCAUAAACUAAAAGGUAAAAGAAAGUCGGUUUAAGGCCGCCACAGCGUCUCGGAGCGGUCAAACGGCGGUAGUGGUCGGAUCGUGCUGCCUGCCCGGAACGGGUGUUACCUAAUCCCGUCUCGAGACUCCGAGUUUGCCCGAGCUGUGUUUUCGUCGCGCCACGCGAUUCCGUGCCAGGGAAUAAGCGAUUAUCUUUUUUUUUCUCCGUCUUGCUGCCUUCCCUUGCCGCGAUAAGAAACGAGCAGGAUGCCGGUCUUCCACACCAAGACUAUCGAGAGUAUUCUCGAGCCCGUGGCUCAGCAGGUUUCGAGACUGGUCAUCUUACACGAAGAAGCUGAAGAUGGAAAUGCAAUGCCAGAUUUGGGACGGCCGGUACAGGCUGUCAGCAUGGCUGUGACCAAUCUUGUGAAAGUUGGAAAGGAAACAAUAAACUCGUCCGACGAUGCUUUGCUUAAGCAAGAUAUGCCAGCGGCACUGCGACGCGUCGAGGGUGCUUCCCGUCUUCUCGAGGAAGCAUCGGCCAUGCUGAAACAGGACCCGUACUCCGGACCUGCCAGGAAAAAGCUUAUUGAAGGAUCACGUGGCAUUUUGCAAGGCACCAGUGCUCUGCUUCUCUGCUUUGACGAGAGCGAAGUGCGAAAGAUCAUACGCGAAUGCAAACGUGUACUGGAUUAUCUGGCGGUUACUGAGGUCAUUGAAACGAUGGAGGACCUAGUGCAUUUCCUUAAGAACCUGAGCCCGUGCCUGAGUAAGGUGUCGAGGGAGGUGAGCGCACGUGAGAAGGAGUUGACUCAUCAAGUACACAGGGAGAUAUUAGUGCGCUGCUUGGACCAAGUCAAGACGCUCGCUCCGAUUCUCAUCUGCUCCAUGAAGAUUUUCAUCCAUAUUAUCUCGCAAGGUGGGAAAGGCGCGGACGAAGCGGCAGAAAAUCGUAAUUACUUAUCUGGGAGAAUGUCCGACGAGCUGAACGAAAUUAUCCGAGUGUUGCAAUUGACAACGUAUGACGAAGAGGAAUGGGACGCCGAUCAGUUGACCGUGCUGAAGAAGGCUCAAAGCGCCAUAGAAUCCAGAAUACGAGCCGCUUACGAUUGGUUGGACGACAGUCUGGCUCUAAGGGGUGGCGUAGGGGAAAAGAGCCUCCGUCAAAUAAUAGAGCAAGCGUCGCGUCUGGCGGAGCAUUACCUGCCGCCGUCGCAGGCUGAGCCCAUGUCCAAGCUGACCUCUCAAAUCAUCACCAUGACCGACGCUCUCUGCGAGCUGCGUCAGAAAGAAAAAGGCAGCACACCUCAAGCGGAACACUUAGCACGCUGUAUUAAAGACAAAUUAAAAGAGCUGCACGGCUCGGUAGUGUCCGCUUUGGUAGCAGCGGACAAAUCGGGAACUGCACAAACGGCACACACAGUUGCGGGUCGGUUAGAGCAAGCGAAUAAGUGGCUUCUGAAUCCGCAGCAUGACGACAAGGGACUCGGUAAAAGGGCUAUAGCUUUAAUAAUACUCGAAGGAAAGAAGAAUGAGCAACCUAUAGCAAAUGUGGCCGAGGGCUUGCCGGGUAUACACAAGGCAGAAAUUUUGCAAUUGUGCGAUGAAGUGGACAAUCUGUCGCACCAGCUCGCCGAUCUCUGCUCGCACGGGCUGGGCAAUACGCCGCGUGCCCAGGAAAUCGCACGGCAAUUAUCGCAAAAACUGUACGAGCUGAAGAACAGAAUACAGCAGGCCGUCGUGUCCCGUGUCGUUGAGGAUUUCAUCGACAUCACUACACCUCUCAAACAGUUCACGGAUGCCGUUUUGGCACCUGCGGGCACACCCGGCCGCGAUCAAAAUUUCAACGAUAAGACGAGCGCGCUGCAGACUUUUUCGACCAGAGCAGCGAAGACAGCAAGGAUGGUCGCAGCCGGCGGAAGUGGCGGAAACAAGAAAUUAGCUGAAGCAUUAACCGCAAGUGCCUCGCAAGUGGAAUCUCUGACGCCGCAGCUGGUCAACGCCGGGCGAAUCCGCAUGACUUAUCCGGACAGCAAAGCCGCGGACGAGCACUUUGAAAAUCUGCGGCAGCAGUACGCGGAGACGAUGCAAAGGGCGCGCGCACUCUGCGACGAGGCGACCGACAGCGGUGAUUUCAUCAGGAUCUCUGAGGAGCAGAUGCAGAAACAUUCGUUUCUUUGUGAGGACGCCAUCGCCAAGGCCUUGCCGCAGAGGAUGGUCGACAACACGGCGGCCAUCGCUCGUCUCGCGAAUCGAGUUAUACUCGUGGCAAAGCAGGAAAGCGAUAAUAGCGAAGAUCCUGCCUUCAUACAAAGAGUAAAUCACGCGACCAAUGUCCUGCAAAAUAGCGUUGCUCCGAUGGUUCAGGAUGCGAAAUUAGUGGCAAUGAACAUCGGCGAUAAUACUGCGGUGUCGCGCUGGAGGGAAAGCAACCGCGCGUUGCUGAACAAUGUAGGACAAGUUCGUAAAGCUAUUGUAACUCAGCCAGACUUGGUACCUCCUCUGGAAAUGUCGCGGUUACGCAUUCAUGACGAUGAACAAAUUCCAAUCCGACUUACUUACUCCAAAGAUAAAGAUAAAGCUAAAGUGGAAACUCCUGAUCUUUUCGAUCAAGAACUGCCCUCUGACAACGAGAUAGAAAAAUCGAUUCAUGAUGGAGAUUAUUACGAUUACAAUAUAGACGAUGAAGUGGCACCUCCUCGUCCACCAUUGCCGGGAGGUGACAUUCCACCUCCAAGGCCUCCUCCUCCCGAGACAGACGACGAAGAGGAGAUGUUUAUGCACGCUCCUCAACCCAAUCAACCAAUCAUGAUGGCCGCUCAUGGUUUGCAUCAAGAAGUACGACAGUGGUCUAGUAAGGAUAACGAGAUCAUUGCCGCUGCGAAGAAGAUGGCCAUACUAAUGGGCAGACUGUCAGGACUGGUUAGAGGUGAGGGCGGUAACAAAAGGGAUCUUAUUGCGUGUGCCAAGGCUAUCGCGGAAGCUUCGCAGGAGGUCACACGUCUCGCUAAGGAGCUUGCUAGGGAAUGUACCGAUAAACGUAUUCGAACGAACCUCCUUCAAGUGUGCGAGCGGAUUCCCACGAUUGGUACACAGUUGAAGAUUCUGUCCACCGUAAAAGCCACCAUGCUCGGAGCUCAAGAGACACUCCCGACCUGGGAAGAGCUGAUGCUUUAUGGUACGGAAGAGGAUCGAGAAGCUACGGACAUGCUUGUCGGAAAUGCUCAGAAUCUCAUGCAAAGUGUAAAGGAAACGGUGCGUGCCGCAGAAUGCGCUAGCAUAAAGAUUCGUACCGCUUCCGGUAUGAAGCUGCGCUGGGUGCGUCGUCAGCCAUGGUAUCAAUAUUAAAUGGUAACCCGAGGAAAGUACAGUCUCAAGGAAAACGUGCAAGAUUUUGCUUGGUGUUCAUGUAUACAUACAUCAGUAGACAUUUUUCCAUAAUAUUAGAAGUAUAUUAACCGUAUAUAUUUUUAUUGCAAUUACUAAUCAUAACGCCUGAUAAAUUUACGAAUUAAUUUAUAUUUAACGAUCUAUUUUCUGUUUAUUUGAUAAUUCAUAGAACAGAUUAUUUAUGGAAAUAUUUCUACAAAGAAGAGAAAGUAGUUUGACGUGUAUUUUAAAACGCACAAUUUUCAUAGGCAGCAAUCUCAAUAUCUUCCUUUUAUCAUUGUUUAUUAUAUGAUUUUUGUAUUCAAUUAAUUUAUUAUGCUUCUUUUUAUCUGAUAUUUUAUUAAAAAACCCAGCAUGUUAUAAAAUUAACUGAUUAUAAGCGUAGUAUAUAUUGAAGAUUAAUUCUCAAUUCCUUAUUUCGCAAAAUAUAACGUCUUAUUUAUAAUUUGUAUGUAACACACACCUAUAGUAAGAAUGAUAGUACCUUAACAAUAGUAAUAAUAUAUAUAAUAAUGAUAAAAAUAUAUAACAAUAGCGCAAUAUAAUAUAUAUAUAUAUUUUCAUCCGUUUUUCUAGCCAAAUUGAGAUACUAUACAACUCCAAAUCUUUAUAAAAGUUUUUGAUAAAAUUAAACGUGAUAAAAUUUGCGAAAACUACAUUUGUCUACCAGUAAAACAUUUCUAUCUUUCGUGUAGCGGAUAUUACUACAUGGGAUUGGAAUGUUAUAUUUUUACAAGAUGGACACGUAUAUAAUCACGUUCGAAAUUGCUGUACCAAUGUAUUAAACGGCUGUUUUGUAUGUAUGUAGUGGAGAGUUGUCUAAGUUUAUUAUCUGAAUCUGUGAUAUCUAUUAAAAUAUUGAAAGUACAUUCAGAAACAGGACAUUGUACGAGGAUCAUGUGGUAAACAUUUUUAUUUUAUUAUAUCUUAUUAAUUGAAAACACAAACCGUCAACAGAAUAUUCUUGCUUUUAAAAUUAUUAGACAUUUCAGAUUGUAAACUUAGAUAUCAACUUCAUUAAUAUAUAAGAAAUCUAUUUUUAUAAUUUUACGCAGCGAUAGGAGUAUCAAUUUCAACAUUGGCUUUGUGUUCUCAUAUUAUACUUUUCAAGUGGUGCUAAUCCGUGCAAUAUUCAUUUAUAUUAAGCAAUAUUGCUAUGUAAUGGAAACUGCUGAAGUUAUAUGCCGGCAAUAGGUUCUUUAAUAUGUAUCACGUAGAUCGAUUACUGAUGAUGACGAUGGAAUGUUAUGACACGUAUUGAUUCUCACUGACAGAGAUAACGAUGUAUUUCGGGACACUUUUAUGUAACCACCUUUAUAAUAAAAAUAACAUUUAUUGUUU